CAAUCAUAAAAACAGGGGGGGGGGGGGGCGGAGAAAGUCGAGUAGCGCCCAUAUUGAUAUGAUAUUGUUUGUGUUCAAGUGUACUUUUUUUGUUAGGGACAUUAAAAUUAUUUAAGAUUUCUUAUAUUAAGUGUUUAGACAGAGAUUCCUCAUUAUAUUUUUAUAUGGAUAACAAAAUUAAUUGCUGCUUUGUAAAUAAUUAUGGAGCUUGUUAUAAACAAUCAUAUACUCAAGAAAGAAAUCUGAUUGAAGAUAUUGACAGCAAUGAUCGUAAGAUACCUGAAAAACGAACAAAUCUGAAACAAGAACAAAUUACUAAUAUAUGCACACACCAUCAUGAUAUGUUAGUUGUAAGAUAUGAGGGUAAUCAGAAAAGUUGCUGUAAUCCAUUUCUGAGUCACCAAAAGAUGUGUAGAGCAUCUCUACGUGUGAUUACAAUGCAUACUGUGUUAGAAGCAGAAACCAUAGGUUUAAAUCUUAUACCUGGAAAAAAACUGUUUCCAACCUGUUGAAGUAAAGUUAUAACUUGUUUAUCAAAAAGUAUAAGUGAAAAUAAAAAUGAUGAAUGUUUUGAUAUUGUUAAUGAAAGAUCCAUUCAUUUUUACGAAGACGAUGAACAUAGCCGUAUAAUGCCUGGUAAAAAGGACUAUGUAAGCAUAAAGAAAAAUGUCCACAUGCAAAAACAUUUAUUCUAAUGUAAUUUAAAGGAAUUGUUUGUUGCCUUUAAAACCAAGAACCCAGAAAUAAAAAUAGGAUUUUCAAGGUUUUGCACCUUGCGACCUAAAUGGUGUAUUACUGUUGGUGCCUCAGGAACACAUUCUGUAUGCGUCUGUGCUAUUCAUCAGAAUUUGAAACUGCUUUUACAUCCUCUUGGUAUGACAUACAAAGAAUUGUUACCUUAUAUUGUCUGUGAUAUAACUAAUAAAGACUGUAUGAUGAGGAAAUGUGAAAAAUGCCCAGCAACUAUGAAUGCAUUGGUUAAAAAACUUUAUGAUAUACUCGGAGAAUUUGAAGAUGAUGAUGAGAUUGAAUUUGAUCAAUUGACAACAACAUAUAGGUCAAACUUGACACAUAAUAAAGAGCCAGUGUUUGAAUACUAUGAACUAGUAUGUAGAAAACUGGAAAAACUGUAGAUCAAGAAAGGAAGAUAUGAAUGAGGUAACAGCAUUAUUUCUGGGUGAUUUUUCAGAAAACUAUAAAUUUGUAGUUCAGGAUGAAGUGCAAAGCUUUUAUUGGACAAAUUUACAAUGUACACUUCAUCCAGUCAUUAUUUAUUUCAAAAAAAAAAGGCAUUCUCAAGCACAAAUCCCAUUGUAUUAUUUCGGAUGAUAUGAUCCAUGAUGUGAACAUGCUUUAUAAAAUUAUUGAGGUUGUUUGCAAUGAUAUAAAAACAAAUUUGCCUCAAAUAAAAAAUAUUGAAUACUUUUCAAAAAUAUUGAAUACUUUUCAGAUGUGCAGGUCAAUAUAAGAAUUGCAAAAAUAUGUUAAAUCUUUGUUUCCAUUGUGAAGAUUUUGGUUUUACUGCUAAAUGGAAAUUUUUUGCAACUAGUCACGGUAAGCAACCUUGGGAUAGGUGGUACAGUCAAACGUCUGGCAACACUAGCAAGUUUGCAAAGAGAUAUGGAUAAUCAUAUUUUAUCUCCACAAACAAUGUAUAAAUAUUGCAAUGAAAACAUUAAAGGCAUAAAUUUAAUAUAUAUUUCAUCAGAAGAUUUAACUUUGGUGAGAACCGCUCUUAAAGAACGAUUGGAUACUGCUAAUACAAUACCUGGAACACGUAGUUACCAUCAGUUUGUACCACUUGGCCAUCAAAAGGUAGGCACUAAGCUAUGCAGUGUUGAUGAAGAAUUUGCUUUAAUUCAUGACUUUGGAAAUAUCCAGAUAACAACUGUAAACCAAGUACCAGGUGGUUAUGCCUGUGUUUCCUAUGAGCAAAAGUGGUGGAUAGGAGUCAUUGAAGAUAUUAAUUUAGAAGAAAAAGAUGUGCUUGUAAAAUUUAUGUGUCCUAAUGGUCCUGCACGGUCGUUUAAAUGGCCACCAAAGGAAAGCCAAUGCUGGACAUGAAAAUGUCCACAUUAUUUGCAAAGUUGAGGUACCGAUAACAAAAACAGGACUUUGCUACUAUUUAUCCAAAGAGAAAAAUUAUUUUCCUAAGGAAGUAGAGAUUUUUAUAUUUAUAAGUCAUUC